CUCGGAGCCAGCCAAGUACGGACUGAAACCUCCACAAACUUCCUUUUUGCCUACCUUCAUCCAUGGAGGUGGGAUGGGGGAUUGAGGCCAAGAAGUCCCAACCUCUGAUCCUGCUUUGGUCCUUCCUGUGACCCGCCUCCAUCGUGAAGCAGGUUUAACUUCAAUUCAUUAAAAAUGGCAUGGGAGAGCAGAAGUCUAUUGCAAAUGUGCAGAUUUCUUCUUGUGGUGAUUUUAUUUUUGCCAUCCAAGACAACAAGUUCUGUUUUAACUGUGAAUGGUAAAACUGAGAACUAUAUCCUGGACACUCAACCUGGUGUUGAUGAAUCUCUAGAAUGUGCCGUUCAUAACCAUACCACAGAUGAAGAACUCCUGUGGUACCGAGAAGAGGGAAGAGUGGGUUUGAAAUCUGGAAACAAAAUCAACUCCAGCUCUGUCUGUGUCUCUUCCAUUAGUGAAAAUGACAACGGAGUCAGCUUUACCUGCAAGCUGCAGAGCGAUCAGACAGUGUCCAUCUCAGUGGUGCUGAACGUCACUUAUCCACCUUUCCUGAGUGGAAACAACUUCCAAACAGCUGAAGAAGACAGUGAUGUGAAGUUGGUUUGCAAUGUGAAAUCUAACCCUCAAGCUCAAAUGAUAUGGCACAAAAACAAUAGCGUCCUGAUAUUAGAGAAAGAUCGCCACACAAUCCAACAGACAAGUGAAUCUUUUCAGCUGUCAAUCACCAAAGUCAAGAAAUCUGACCAUGGAACCUACAGCUGCAUUGCAAGCUCCCCUCUGAAAAUGGAGACCAUGGACUUCCAACUGGUUGUUAGCGAUAAAAGAACGCCUGUACCAACAGAAGCUAUUAUUGCUGCAUGUGUCGUAGUCUUUCUAACAUUGUGCUUUGGAGUGUUUGCGCGAAGGGAAAGAAUAAUAAAGCUCUGCAUAAAGAAGAGAGACCCUGAUAGGGAUACAGCCCUAUGAAAAAGCUGAGCUGCAUUCCAACACAGGAAGAGUUUUACAUCAGUUUAUGCAGUUCCAUCUGUAUUUAUUGCUAUUAUUAAAUAUACACCUGUCAAAUUAUCAGAGGUUAAGAA